AUGGCUCUCUCAUUACCCAGAAAAGCGCUUUGGCAUAUUCCAGGGCAUGUCGCCGGUUUGAUUUCUCGUAGCAUCACGUCAUCUGCCAUCUUACUCUCCGGACAUAGCAAAUGGUCCACCAUCAAACAUGACAAGGCCAAGAAUGACAAGGCGAAGAGCAAAGAACGUCAGAUGAUGAGCAAGGAGAUCGCUAGUGCAACGCAAUUAUGGGGUGCCGAUCCAAAGUACAACCCUCGCUUGACCCUGGCGCUUUCGAAUGCGAAGCGCGCCUCAAUCCCUAAAAAUAUCAUCGAAGCUGCAAUUGCAAGAGGUCAAGGGCUCAGCUUGACGGGCCAGGCCCUUGAAGCUGUUACUAUCGAAGCCAUGCUUCCCGGCGGAGUUGCUGCUGUGGUGGAAUGUCAAACUGAUCAGAAAGCUCGAGUCCUUCAAGACAUUCGCUAUCUGAUCAAGAAUGGUGGAGGAACUGUGACACCAACAACUUUUCUCUUCGAGAAGAAAGGACGCGUCGUCAUGGAAAAAAAAGAUGACAUAAACGCAGAUGAUUUCCUAGAUCCGGCUAUUGAAGCGGGCGCGAUGGACAUCAACACGGACGAGGAUGGUCGCCUCGUCCUGUUGACUGACCCCUCGGAAACAAAACGUGUCGGUGAGGCAUUUACUAAAAUGACUGGAUUGACGAUCGAGGAGCUGGAGAUUUUUUGGGACCCAAAUCAGGAGACUUUGGUUGAGUUGCCAGAGGAACAUGUUAAGGCUAUUGAGGAUGUCCUCAGCUCGCUGCGGGAUGACCCCAGCGUCCAGGAUAUAUACCUUAACUCGACGGUCAAACUUUGA